CCGGGAGGCUGCGCCCACCCUGCGGCGGCGGCUGCCGGGCGAGCCAUGGGCACGGUGCCGUCGGCGCUGAAGCACUGCCUCAGCUACCAGCACCUCCUCAAGGAGCAGCUGUGGAUCGCGGAGCCGCCCGCAAUCGCGCACCCCGCGCAGGAACUUCAAGCAUCUGGACUGSCUGAGUACAUAAAGAUUGUAGAAGUUGGGCCAAGGGAUGGAUUACAAAAUGAAAAGGUGAUAGUCCCAACUGAUAYAAAAAUUGAGUUAAUCAACCAGCUUUCCAAAACAGGCCUGCCUGCAAUAGAAGUGACCAGUUUUGUUUCAUCCAAAUGGGUACCUCAGAUGGCAGAUCACAAAGAAGUAAUGAUGGGCAUCGAGCGGCAUCCUGGAGUCCAGUAUCCUGUUCUCACUCCUAAUCUUCAAGGUUUUAAUUCUGCUAUUGCAGCAGGAGCUACAGAAGUCUCAGUAUUUGGUGCAGCAUCUGAAUCUUUUACCAAAAUGAAUAUUAAUUGUUCMAUUGAGGAAAGUUUAGAAAAGUUUGAAGAAGUCACUAAAUCUGCAAGGAAUAUGAAUAUUCCAGUGCGUGGGUAUGUGUCCUGUGCCUUGGGAUGCCCAUAUGAAGGAAACAUUGCACCAGAUAAAGUGGCAGAAGUGUCUAAACGGCUGUACAGUAUGGGCUGUUAUGAAAUCUCUCUGGGAGAUACAAUUGGUGUGGGGACUCCUGGAAGUAUGAAAAAAAUGUUGGAAGCUGUUAUGAAAGAAAUUCCUCUGAGUGCUCUUGCUGUUCACUGUCAUGACACAUAUGGCCAGGCAUUAGCCAAUAUCCUCACAGCUAUACAGAUGGGAGUUACUGUAGUGGAUUCAUCUGUUGCAGGACUUGGUGGUUGUCCCUAUGCAAAAGGUGCUACUGGAAAUGUAGCCACAGAGGAUGUGAUAUACAUGCUUAAUGGUCUGGGGAUCGACACUGGAGUAAAUCUUUAUGCUGUGAUGGAAGCUGGAAACUUCAUCUGCACAGCUUUGAACAAGAAAACAAACUCCAAGGUUGCACAAGCUUCCUUUAAUACUGGAACUAGAAAUUAAAUGGAUUUUUGUUUUUGCAGCUUGAUUACAUUUUCCAUUUACCUUGACCAAGGACAUUUGCAUCAAGAAAAAAUCAGAAGAAAACAAUUUCAUCAAAGAAGCAAAAUAGAACCCAUAUAUAAUUUUUUGUUAUGGGUAGAGCUAUUGUACUGUCUUGUCAAAAAUUGUCUGAUUUAUAAGUAAGAAAUAAAUUACUGUAAUACAGAACCCUGUGCUUGGUACUUCUGCAGAUGAGAAAAUGUAUUAACACCAAGAWGUUUUAAUAUGUUUGAAGUUGAAUUUUUCGUUCUUUUCAGGAAAACCAGAUAGAAGCAGUGAAUGCAUAGUUAAAUUUUAAUCAAGAUGACUUUCAGAACAGUACAAAUAUUUUCAGUAGUUUUUGAGUUCUCACGCUGUGUGUGGCCAUUCUAUUAUGUGUUUUAUUUAACUGAAUUCUUGCUUUUCAUUUGUCAAGUCACUGUUAUGAAUGUGGAGCCAAAUCUGAAUUCACUGUAAGAAAUUUUUAGCAAUAGAACUUUUUUUUUUUAAUUUUGUUUAACAUCUGUUAAAUUAUGGAUGACUUUAUCUUGUUCCAAGACAUUGUGGUAAAUGGCAGUCUGCCAGAUCCUUCAAAUCCUCUUGCAAAUUUCUUAUUUGUUACAUAUGUUAAAUUUGUUGUAGUUGCCUUUUUUGGUCAACUUAUUAAAUCCUAAUUAUAUGAAGCAAAUAAAAAUUGGCAAGGUUUUCAACAUAAUUCAGAUUCAUAGUAGUGUAGAAGGGACUACAUUUCCAUCCACGGUUUCAUCAAAAAAUUAGAUUUUUCAUUCUAUAGGUUAUGAAUUUAUAUUCUCAUUCAUAAGUCACAGGUUUUUUAGGAUAAUAGUAUUCUGUUGGACUAGKUUACAUACAGGAAACCACUUUUUUUUUUCUGUGCUCUACUGAUAAUGAUACUGCUCUUUUAAAUGCCUUAGUUCAACAAGACACCAAUGAACUGCACUGUCAUUUUUAGAUCAAUUAUGGACACACAGACAAAUUCAAAGAGCCUUAGCCUGUCUAUAAAUGUUCAAGUGUGCCAUGAAAAUACUGUCAUCUUUUUCAGCCUGAAACAUGAGUACURUUACUAUUAUCAGUUAGUUAUGUAGGAUUUGUCUGUACUUCUCUGUAUACUUAACUUUGAUYUAUAUUUUUUCUGAACAUGGUCCAUUAACAUGAAAAUCUAAAACCCUGGACUACGGUCUUCUUCCAUAUUCUCAAUUUUCCUCAAAAAUAUGAAAUCUGGCSAAAAGGUGAGAUGAAAGAAAGUGAUAGAUAACAUGUAAAGGCUGAAUCACUUUUUGUCUGGAGCUCAAGUCUGCCAUGUUACAGCCAAGUCUCAGUUUGCCUUAGAAAUUCCAAAGUGAAUUUUUCUGACAUCUUUUCACCAGUUGUGUAGCUUAGAAUUGGCACAGCUUWAGAAAGUCAAACUUUGCAUGCCAGGCAACACAAAACUGUAAAUUUGAUAUAAUAUCUCUGUCCUGUUUAUGUCAUAAUUAUAGYUAAAAUUAAUAUAAGAUACUUCGUUUCAUUUUUCUCAUGGUAAAGGUCAAAGGAUAAACAAAGAAAUGUCUUCAGGUGAGGCAAGAAAUAUUUGGCCUAUCAGUCCAAAAUACUAAAUCUUUUCCUGCAGUAUCUAGUAAGAAGACUUUCCAGUAAUUCUGAAGGUAUGAACACCCUGAUUUGCUUGACCUGCCCUGRAUGCAUGGUUGGAUCAGCAGAAAAAAGCUCUUUCCUCUUUUCACUGUGUUUCAGCUGAGGCUUUGCUAUUUAGCAGCCAUUAUGGCUCAUAUAUCAAAAUAUGAAAYUAAAUAGAACCAGGUCUUGAACCAUUCACAGACUUAAAAAUUCUGUAAUGGAUUAGAUCCAAUGAAGAAGUGAGGAAAUUGCAGCAAUACUUAGACUGUACUUAGUCUAUUAAUUAGUAGUUAAACUAAUGUGAUGUGAGAACUGUCACCUUAAAGACUUCCUAAUUUAUGUGCCAUUUAUCCCUGAAGGUGACUACCCUUACUGUAAUACUUUCMUAUUUAACAAUAAAUUUUCUUCUUUUGUUUUCUCUGUAGGCACAGCUCAUUUUGAGCUGAAGUAURCAGUUUUCAUGUAGGGCCUGAUGAAUUUUUGUCUACCCAAGACCCUCUGAGCAAGCAUGUUUAAUUGAAAUAAACUAUAUUGAGCUUCUCAAAGACUGAAAGUGAACAAAGCAGUUGUGAUGCAAACCGGAAUGUGAGACUAAAUAACUGAACUGAGAUUGAGCUUGCUGUUCAGCCUGGGGAGAUUCAAAUGCACACCCAUGACAGGAUCCAAGGGAAUGGCCUGAAGUUGUAUUUGGCAGAGUUAGGCUGGAUAUCAGGAAAAAGUUCAGAGUUAGGCUGGAUAUCAGGAAAAAGUUCUUCACUCAGAGGGUGCCUGGGAACUGGAACAGGCUCCCCAGGCUGUCACAGAACCAAGCCUGACAGAGUUCAAGCAGUGUUUGGACAAUGCUUUCAGGCACAGGGUGUGACCCUUGGGGAUGGUGCUGUGCAGGGACGGAGUUGGACUCAACAAUUCUUGUGAGUCGCUUCCAACUCGGCUUAUUCUGUGAUGCUGAACUGAAAAAGAACACACUUUCUAGUAAGUUUGGAAGAAAUUGUGCCACUGGGUAGAAUGGAAUUAAAAAUUCCUAAACCAAGAAAGAACCAAGAAAAGAAUGUUUGUGUCUGCAACAGGUUGCAGAGUUGUUUUCCUUAAAGAUGGUGGUGAGGGCUGCGAUUAUCAACCAAGUUAGGAGCUGAACCCAUAGUGUCCGUUCUUAUGCCUCUGUGCCCAGUGCAUCCUAGGCUUCUCAGCAUCUGGGUUGUCUGGUUUGCAAUUCUAAGGCUCUUAAUUCUCCCUGCGCAGUGAAACAGGGUACCUAUUAAAUCAUGUAGAUGAACAACCUAAAAUGUCUCUCAGUUCUUUAUUGGGUCUGUUUUAGAAACUACUUGGAAGCUUGUGGAGAGCCUUAAAUGCAGGUCUGUUAUUCUGUAAUGAUGUGAGCAUUGGAAAAGAUGAGCAGUCACAUCUGGAGCCUGUACUUUACCCACAUGUUCAGCUUCAACYACUUAGUGAGUUAUAGUAAUCCAGGGUGGAGGUCACAGACAAAUGGAUUAUUUGUCAGGMUUGUUACAAGAGACAAAGAAACAUAGAGCCAGAAUUAAAAAAGCAAACCCCAACACUGUGUUUAUCUGCCAAAAUUGCCACCUGGGAUGAAUUUAGGUCUGUGGGUCCAGGUGAGGAAUCCCUAUAAAAUCCUUGUUUACUUGUAGUGUGCCUGAGAAUCCUGAGAUAUCUUAUGCUCUGCCUACUGACAUUUUUUAGGCUGCUGCUCUGCUUUCCUGGGCUGGCACAAUUUUGACUGUGCAGAACAUUCUGACACCUAAUCUCUGGCUUCACAAAACAGGCAUCUAUUGCUCUUAAAAACAAACCUUAAUCCAAUAGCUAUGCCAUGAGCUUGCAUCACUCACAUAGGCAGCAUCCAGCACAUAAUAAAACAGUUGAGACUGUGUCCCUUCAAAAAUUUGUCAAGCCAUAGGAUUAUGCCCUCUAGUGCUUCUGACAUCCUAAAGCUUAUGCUUGUAUGGAGAGUGACCCAUCACUGAUGGUGUCUGCUCUUUUAGUUCCUGUCAGUGUCCCCAGCUGAGUACAUAGCUGUCACUUCACCCUGAAGGAGCCCCCUGGCUGUCGAAGGCUURCAUCCAGGUGUUCGGCUUCCAUGAGCAGGUGUUCUUAUCACUGUGCCAUUAUAAAAAUUGUAAUGCAAGAUCCUAMAUUGUUAAAGACAUGGCUGGUGCGCUUUCUUGAAGGAGAAAUUGAUCAAUUCCAUUAAUAUGGGCAUAAUCAUUUCUCAGUGCCUCCCAGAACACAGCAAUGACAUGGAUCCCAUGCUCUAAUGUCUUCCAGCAGCAGCUUGCUUUGUAGUUUAAACUUUUAUGUAUUAGGACAAUUUGGCUCUGGACCAGCACUUUAAUAUUUCAUUUUCAUGUAUAACCAGAGCUUAUGAAAUAAGAACUAAAUAUUCCAGUCUUGUGAAUAAGUCCAGAGAGGCUUUGGCUAAUUUUCCUCUCUUAAUAGUGUCAUUUGAGUUCAUAAAACUUUUAUUAUUGCAUUAAGGAGUCACAAAAUGAAGACUGCAAGUCUGUGAGGUAAAAUUCUUAUGUUUGGGAUCAGUGCUAUUUAAAUUAAAUAAUACUUAUCCAAAGAGUUAGUGUGAAUGUAUAAGAUCUGCCUAUUUUUUUACUGAGUUAUUUUUAAGAGGUAAAAAUAYUGUUUAUUUACUGCGGUAUCAGAAAAUCAGAAUUCUCCACCACUAUUUUUUUUCUCUGAUUUCUUCUAUAGUCAUAUAUCAGUCUAGAGAUGUAAAUGAAUUGCACUGACUUGCUGAUCAAUGCUUUUGUUAUGUUAUAUUUUUGAAGAUUAUUUUUCUCUACAGUCCUGCUGUAAUGCAGUGUUGAUCUUCAUUGCUGCAAUAACACAGCAGGCACAAGGACUACAGCCAAAGUCAACUCAAAGUCAACAACCAAGGUCAAAGAGGUGAUGUGUUUGUUAAGAAAUUGUCAUGUAUCCGCCUGGUUAAAUGCAUUGGUGAUUUUGCAAUACGUGGUGUUAAAGCUGAAAUAAAACGUGUCUCAGUGUUUAUUGAAAGUGAUAUGUUMAUGUAUUAUGGCAGAUUCAGCAGCUCUGACUGACCA